GGCGCGAGCGAAGUAUUUUGGAAGCGAUGCAGCAAGAACGAUCGAGCGAUGUCCGCGAAGAUCAGUGGGGCUAUCCGGUGCGCACUAGCUCCGACCAGUGUAUCAGCAAUCUCAACAGCUACUACCAGCAGGUGCUGAGCUAUGGAUGGAAUUGCAAGGUGAUCCUCCAGGCUGCUGACGACGACGAGGAUUGCGCCUUGGCAAAUGCUCUGGCUGCGGGGCUUGCCGAUCCCUCUGAUGCUCUGCGAUAUUCCGAGCGCUCCAAAAGAAAUGCUGACAGAGCCACACAGUAUGAGCGUUCAGUGAUGGAAGCUCUAGACGCAAUCGCUGAAGGUUCUUAUGACAAGGCCCUUUCCUCCCAAUCAAAGGUGCUAGAAAAUUUCCCCAAGGAUUUAGCAUCACUCAAACGUGCACAAGGUAUGGCUUUCUCGAGGGGAAAGUCUCACUUGAUGCUCAAAUUUGCCUCUCAGGUCUUGCACGUAAACAGGGAUCGGGCGUACAUGUAUGGAAUGCUGGCGUUUUCGCUGGUCGAGAACGAUAGAACUGACGAAGCGGAAGUUGCUGCAAGGAGAGCUCUGUCCAUCGAGAAGCACGACGUUUGGGCCCAGCAUGCGUUGUGCCACGUCUUUCAGGAGCGCCAGCAAUACAAGGACGCCAUUAUGUUCAUGGAGAGCAACUCGGAAUCUUGGGAGAGAUGCGGCUCAUUCCUGUAUAGUCAUAACUGGUGGCAUUUAGCGCUUUGUCAUCUAGAGGGUGAUGAUAAUGGGAAUGCAGCUGGGAACGCGCUACGGAUAUUUGACACACGUAUAUGGGGAGACCGCGAAAGAGCUGAAAAGGAUACAUUUGCGGUGGGCCUGAACGCGUUGGGACUUUUGCUGUCUCUUCAAGUGAAAGGAUUUGGAGAGUACGUCGGCGAACGAGUGAGUCACAUCGCGAAGCUCUUUGUGGACGAGUCAACAUGGCACAAGGAGUGGCUACUUGAUCUCCUGGUCCUUUGGUCACUGGCUCGAAGCUCUUUCAUUGCAGAGGCCAGACAGUUACUGUCAUCUCUGCAUAAACGAGCACAUAUGAUCGGUUCUACAGAGGAGAUUCACCAAAUGAUAGUCUCGCUUGCUUCAGCACUGUACGAGUAUGGCUCCGGCAACGAAAGUGCGGUCUCUUCACUCUUGGGAUCAAAAUUUAGUGCUCGGGAGCUCAAGGUGAUUGGAGCUUCGAAUGAGCAGAUGAGAGUGUUUGGGCACCUGUGGGCAACAGCAAGCGGUCUCAUAUCUGUUGGGAUCAGGUAGUAUGGAAAACUUUGUUAUAUACAGGCUUGUUGUGUAAUAAUAGAUUGCUCAACUCGAGCAUACACAAA